CCUUCCCCCUCCGCGUGCUCCCCCAGCCAUGGGGAACUGCUUCUCCACGCCGCCGCCGUCGCCCAGAAAGCCCCCGCCGCAGCAGCAGCCGCAGCAGCGCGCCCCGCCUCCGCCCGCCGCGCGCCCAAUCCCCAACGGUCACCCGCCUCCAGCGCCGCCGCCCGCCCCGGCGCCAGCGCCGGCACCACAGCCCGUGUCGCCGCGGCAACCAGCUGCUCCCCCGGCCCCUCCAGGCGCAACAGGCGGGUACCCCCUGCGCAAGUCGCUUACCCCAGGAGUGGUGUCGCAGUACAACUACCAGGAGGUGCAGGCCGCCACGCAGUCCUUCUCCACUGAGAUCGGCCGCGGGGGCUUCGGCGUUGUCUUCCAUGGGCGCCUCGCUGACCCCAGGGGGGUGCGGCGCACGAGGUGGCGGUGAAGCUGAUGGCGGAGGACCACAUCACCAACGGCAUCGACAGCUUCAUUACGGAGGUGGGGGUGAUGGCGCGCGUGCACCACCCCAACAUACUGCGACUGGAGGGCUACGUGCGCUGGGAGCAGCGCUGCAGCCAGUGGGGGGGGGAGCACGGAGAACUGGGGCGUUGGGGGAUGACGCCAUGGGCCAUCAGGGGAGAGCGGAGGGCAGAGCAGCAGCAAGCACAGAGGCGACACCAUCUCCCACGCACCACAUGGACCCCUGCUCUUUCUUCCGCCCUGCCCUCCUCCUGCUCCCUACCUCUCUCGCUCCCUACUCCCUCGCUGCCAUGGCAAUGGGGGUCCACGGGUUCUUCUCCAAGUGUGUUCUUCUUGGAAAAUGCGCGGCUUGUUCUGCGCCCUUCUCUGCGCUCCCUUCCGCUGCCCCGUCCUCUCAUGCCCGUGUCAGCAGAGGCCACAGGUGCUGCGGGGAUGAGGCCACAGCGGCGAGGGGCGAGGUGUCAUUCACGUGGAAGCAACGCGUGGCGGUGGCGCUGGGGUGUGCGGAGGCGCUGACGACCAUCCACGCCAACAACUUCGUUCAUCGCGACUUCAAGGCCACCAACGUGCUGCUCCGACAGGUGAGCGGCAGGGGGAGAGCGACAAGGGAGGUGGGACGGAAAGGGAGGUGGGACGGAGAGGGAGGUGGGACGGGGAGGGAGGUGCAAGGGGAAGGGAGGUGGGAGGGGAAGGGAGGUGGGAGGGGAAGGGAGGUGGGAGGGGAAGGGAGGUGGGAGGGAAGGGAGGUGGGAGGGGAAGGGAGGUGGGAGGGGAAGGGAGGUGGGAGGGGAAGGGAGGGAGCAGAGGCAAGG